CCUUUUAUUUUACAGCGUACAUCAUACCUCCAUCCCGUAAGGGUCCAGUUAUUUUAAAGCACUGAGAGCCUAAUCCCUUGUGAGGCUUUGCGUUAAUUUCCGACGUCUUUCCUUCCCGCAUAUGGCUUCUGAGAAAGGCCACCGGGAUCCGGAAGUUUCGCGAGAGACGCCUGCAGCCCGUAGCCCCUUGGCGUCGGUGUACGAAAGGAAGCAGAGGCGGCCGUGGAGGCGGGUUAUUGAAAAAACUGAACUUCACGUGUCGCUGCAAUAUGGGUGUUAAAGGCUUGUAUUCGUUUGUGACCAAUGACUGUCCAGGUGCAUGUACAGCAGUAAACCUGAAAGUAGUGGCAGAAAAGCACCGCAGCAAGUACCCUGGGUCUACUCCUGUCCUUGUGGUAGAUGCCAUGGGUUGUAUUCGAAAGUGGUACACAGCAGAAUCGUGGGUUUGUGGUGGCCAGUGGCGUGAAUAUCUUUCUGAGCUGGAUGGUUUCAUAAAUACAUUUACAGCAGCUGGUAUCAAACUUGUGUUUUACUUUGAUGGUGUGGUGGAGCAGAAAAAGCGAAGUGAAUGGGUUGUGCGGAGGUUGAAUAAUAACAAAGAAAUAGCCAAGAUCUUUCGGUUCAUCAAGACCUAUAAGCGCCAGCCUGGGAGAGAAAUGUUCUUUAUUCCAUCUGGGUUGGCUACUUUUACACGCUUCGGCUUGAAGACCCUCGGUCAAGAGACAAUAUGUUCAUUGCGAGAGGGAGACUAUGAAGUGGCAUCUUAUGCACUGCAUAACAACUGCAUGGGGAUUCUUGGAGAGGACACAGACUAUCUGAUUUUUGACACUGCUCCCUAUUUUUCCAUUAAGGAGCUUCACUUGCACAGGCUAGAUACAGUGAUGUUCUCAAGGCAGAAUCUCUGCAGCAGGUUGGGCCUCUAUCCAACAGAUCUCCCUCUCCUUGCCUGCAUCCUUGGCACAGAUAUAGUACCAGCAAAGGUUAUGGAACGUUUUCGGAAUCAAUGUGUCGCUUCAUACUGUGCAAAAAGCCAGGGCUCUAAUGAAAAGAGCAGCGUGAUUUUAGCUGUGGCAAACUAUAUUUCAUCUAUUUCACGUUCAUAUGGUAGUUUGAUAGCUUUAGCAGAAAAGUUGCCUUUGGGAUCAGAUAAAUCCCUACUUUGCAAUGGGAUAGAGUCUUAUCUCCUGCCUGGGCAGCAGUCUCCAUGGCUUCCUUGUGACUUCUCACAUCGCUCAGCGGCGUCAGUCGAACAAGAAGUGCCCCUGUGUUUAGAUCAGGAGAUCCUGCAGUUAGCUAAAGAAAAACAUGUGAGAGCUGAAAGCCAUACGACGUACAAUGUCAUGUGCAGUGGAGAGAUUGAAUGCAGCAACACUUUGGAAGAUGAAGAUGAUACAGAGCUUCCUGGACAGGCACUUAUCUUUCUCCCUGCCCGUCGGCAUAUCUAUUCCCUUCUGCUGGAGUCUGCAAAAGAUGUCAAUGGAACCUACCCUGUAGUAAAGGAGUGGUUUGUGUACGCAGGGAAUUCUCUGAAACAACCGGACUUGGUACAACCCAAGGAACUCCCAGGUGGUACUCCUAGUUUGAGAUCCCUGUGGCUCAGCAGUGGACCCGAGACUGAAAAGCUACGCCAUUGGACAUUUCUGGCAUGCUUUCAACUGCAAGAAAUAGCAGAGGAGAUCCAGGCUCUGGAAGGUUCUGUUGCUGUUGUCUGCUGCUUGUUACUGUACCUCUUCCUACAAGUUGACAGCCUCUCCUUGGAAGACUUGAAUGCAUUUCUAGCUCAAACUCUGUGCCUCGAGGGGAAGUCAGCUGCCCAGCUUGCACGCUUGCAGCUUGCUCAGGUUGAUUCAAGAGGUGUCCAGCUUGGCUCUCUCUUCAUCCGAGGCCUAGGUGUGAUGAUUAAAGCCAAUAAUACCUGUGGCCUCCCCUUUAAAGCAGAUGACAUAAUGCCGUGGAGUGUGUUUGAUGGGAAACUCUUUCACACGAAAUACCUGCAAGCCCACAGAGGAUGCUCUUUACAUGAUCUUUUGGAAGACAAUGAAUCUUGGCUUGCCAAGUUUCAGGAUCUGAUGUCCCUUAUUUGCAGAACUUGCUCAGCAAGAGGCAGGAUAAUUCAGAGCAGAAAGCGACUGGACAGCUUCGUGACAGAGAGACGAGGAAGGGGAAGAGGUACUCACUUUCGGAAUCCAAACAGAAUUCCAUCUCGUCCUUAUCGUGAUCAGGGCAGUGACUGUCUGUGGUGGAGAAACCCUCAGCCACCUGGCCAUUCAUCUGAAUCCCAGCCCCCAGGUCGAGGAUAUGGACCAAGACACCAACCUCCUAGGGGACAAAGGCUCUAGACCAACACGGCUACCUACCUGUAACUAUCCCUGGAAAAGACCCUGAUGCUGGGAAAGAUGGAGGGCACAAGGAGAAGAGGACGGCAGAGGACGAGAUGGUUGGACAGUGUUCUUGAAGCUACCAACAUGAGUUUGACCAAAUUGCGGGAGGCAAUGGAAGACAGGAGUGCCUGGCGUGCUCUGGUCCAUGGGGUCACAAAGAGUCAGACACAACUAAACGACUAAACAACAACAACAACAACAUAUCAUCAUAGUAUUGUGCUUAUAUAUAUGGGUGUGAAAAGCAGAGAAAAUAAUACAGAAUACUAUUCAGCUAAUAGGCUAAGAAGGUGAGAGAGUGGCUGGCCUCUCAACUCCAACCAGUUUUGGAUGAUACUCAUUGCUUAGAUCCAUUCUCUUUGGCCAGCUCCGCUGCUACAGCAGGCAGAGAGAUUGCCAUCUCAGUUUUAAACCUCUGAGAUCAGCAGCGAGUAUCCAGGAAGUUAUUUCAGCACAGAGAGCCUAAUUCAAUCCCUGUAGGACAAAGGUGAUAGCUAACAUUACAGGAGCAUAUCUCGCCAGCAGAAAAUGUAUGAAUGAAGCAGAGUUUAUCACAUCACUAGGGAUCUGUUUUUUAAAAUAUAUAUUCUAAAUGUGGCGCUUCAAAUAGCUCUCAUAAAAGGUUCAUACAAAGCGAGAUAAUUUUUUUAAUCUCUGGUUCAUCUUCCCAACUGUAGAAGACACCGUAAAAUUUGCAUGGUACCUGGUGACUCAUAUAAAGGUUUAAGAUAAGUCCUUUCAUACCCUAGGGGAACUGAAAUAGGUAUUUUCUUCUGCUUCUAUUUCCUAAUCAGUGCUUCCUUCCAACAAACAGUCAUACACAAUUGAUCUUCUAGUAGUAAUAUCUCCAUUUCUUUCCACUAGGACUUUCAGGAAUAGCUCAGCCUUUUGUAAAUAGGCACACAAUAUAUACAUACUUUCAAAUAUACAGAAAGCAUCUUGAAUGCAUGUCCAGUGGUCAAAAUGAUGCAGUGUGUGACUAUUGUUAGUUUUCUUCCGGCAUAAUCAUGGCUAUACGUUUUGCAAAAUUCCAAUUCAGAUAGCACUUCCUUGUGGAUUGUACCCUCUCUCCUGAAUUUAAGCUUGAUAUGUGGUCCCUGUCACUCAAUCUUCAUGCAAAAGCAGGCUCUUUUUAAAAAAAAGUGCACACAAAAAAUCAAACUUCUUUUGAGCCAAGUUGUAGGCUGAAAACAAGGUAAUUAUGGAGCACACUGGCUUAUCUGAUAAAAAUUCAUUUUGCUCAAGAAGUUUAUGAUUAGAGUCGCUGCUGGCUGUAUUUAUAUUCUAAGUAGAUUUCAUGUUCAUUUAUGUCUUAAAAUUUUGCUCAUCUAGGAUGGAUUUAAAUGAGGAUUUGAAUAUCAUUCGAUACUCACCAUUACCUUAUCCGAAGGCUUUAUUGUUCACUAAUUCCCUUUCUUAUCGUCUCUCUGUUUCACCUAUAGUUUUAUUAUUUGUGGCAUUCUUGCAUUAAUCCUGCAUUUCCAUGGCAUAUGCCUUCCAGGUACAUGAUGUUUAAUUUGUGUUAUUUGCUGUGUGUAUCAAUGACAUCCUAUUAUUCUUAGGCUUCCCGGUUGUUCUUAUUUUUCAGUAACCUUCACAAUUUUUAGAAUCUAUAUACUAUUUCUUUGUUGAUCAUUGAGGCUUUUGUUUCUCUCCCUCUUAAUUUUCUUUCAAUUUUGGGUUUAAGGUUGCUUUUGACAAAAUGUACCAUGGCUUGGAUCCUAAUUUCUGCUCUGUAAAUAGAACUCCCCACCUCCCAUCCUUUCAUCCUCUACACAGCUUCCUGCUGAGAGUUAGGAACCUCAGAAAAGCAUAUGAUGUAGGGGAUGGGCUGCAAUGGGACAAGGGAAUCCCUCCUCCCCCCAAAAAAAGAAUCCAUACAUCUUCAUAUAUGUAUGGGCCAUCUUUGCUGUGAGGCCCACAAUAUCCACUCCCUGCUUUGCUGGCCUAUUUCCACCUGGCCUGGGAGGGUGGGGACCAGACUGACUCUUGCUUCAAAAGCUGCUGCUACUGCAGAAGAUGCCAGAGGCCAUCUUACAAGACCUGCUGCUCAGGAGGGACCAGGAGGUGGGGAACUUUCUUGGGGAUCACAAGUUUAAUUUUGGAGAGGCUUAAUUUUUGCUGUUACUGGUAUUAUGUUUUUGUAUCUUUAUUCUUACACCGUAUUAUGAAUUAUGUGGGGAUUUUUCAAUUUUAUUGUAUCCUUAUUGAAAUGUUUUCAUUUAUUGUUUAUGACUUAAAUUUAGUUUUAGUUUUUUGUAAUUUUGUAAUUCAUUUCAUGUUGUAAGCUGCUUCGAGGAUGUUUUAACUAUGGGAAGGUGGCAUGCAAAUAAAUGAUAACUGUUGAAGGCUUGUUGUUCUUUCCAUAAUUGUAAUUUAUGUUAUCCUCCAAAAUCAC